AUGAAGAACCUGAAUAAGACCAAGGAAGAUCUUAUCCCGUGUGGCGUGGCCAUGAGCGGCUUUGUCGGUAACAAGCCCAAAACCAUUGCAAUAUUGCCAUUGAAAAUAACUGUGUACGAUCAGACAAGAGUUAAGGCCUUUUAUGUUGUGGAGUCGAAUGUGGACUACAAACAUAUUGCUUGGCGGAGACGGGCAAAAGUGUCAACCCUAGCUCACGGAACAUACAAGUGUUAUUGA